AGGAGGCGGCGAAGUUGAGCUCGGAAUCUGCGCGGCGUUUAUUGGACCCAAACCGCGGGUUUCCAAACACGACUUCCUCGCUUGACUCGCGGGGCCCUGAGAAAAGGCGCCACCGGACAAUGGCUCGUCCCUAAGGGCGAGAGUUGCUCGGAAGCUGCGAUGCUGGAGACAAAGAGGAGCGACGCGGAGUGAAAGAGGCUUCCUGCCGCCAAACUUCAGCCGCUGGAAGAUGCGGAGCUGACGAGCAGCCGUGAAGAUGAGCAUGUGAGCGGCGCCCUCCUGCUUCUGAAGAUGAGCCAGGGGCCCAACCUCGUGCUGGAGUGGCUGUCCCACCUCCACCUGUCUCAGUACGUGGAGUCCUUCCUGGACAACGGCUACGACGACCUGGAGGUGUGCAAGCAGAUCGGGGAACCGGACCUGGAUGCCAUCGGUGUUCGGAUCCAGUACCACAGACACCGACUGCUGGCUGCUGUCCAGCAGCUGAAGCAGGAGGAGGCACGGAGAGCAUCAGGCUACUACUUCACUCUGGAGCCUCUGGAUGGUUCCCAGCAGCAGACCUUACCUUUGAACGGAGACACUGAGAGCAACACUCACCGGCGGAGGAGGAGGAGGGUCCCUGAUCAACACCUGAGCUCCUGUCCUGGGAACCACAACCUGGCGUUCUCUGAUUGUAAUGACUUUGUGACGUACCCCCGCCUCAGGCUGAAGCUGCUGAUCAAGGAUAAACUGGCUAAAGAUGGAAUCAACCUGGGGGACACGCCAUACACUCACAAGGAUGGCUCGGUGGGGAACCUUGACGAACUGGCGCAGGAAUACUCCAGAUACUACGGCACCUCUGUCAGCGACGUGUGUGAGAGGAUGGAGGAGCUGCGGAAACGGAGAGUGGUGCAGGACGCUGAGCGGGGAAAGCUUGAGUCACAGGCCACAUCAGUGCAGCUCCGCUCCCAGCUCCAGGAAUCUCUGGGGCUCAGCAGCAGCAGCACUUCCACUCCGGAAACAGAGCGAAGGUUCCUGGUGCACAAGUCCAGCUCUGACGAUGGGUCAGGAGGGAAACUGGAUGGAAAGAGAAAGAGCAAGUCUUUUUGGCACGGUUUCCGAAAGUCUCAGAGAGGAGUGGUGCGUCAGCUCUCUAAAGGUGAUGACGUCGGCUUCGUGGCCAGUGAAAUCACCAUGAGCGAUGAAGAGCGGAUCCAGCUGAUGAUGAUGGUGAAGGACAACAUGAUCUCCAUCGAGGAGGCGUUGGCUCGGCUGAAGGAGUUUGAAGUACAGAGCAGACAAACGUGCAGGUUCCAGCCCAUGGAGUGCACCGAGUCGUCUGCCGUCGAGCCUCUGCAGCGCAACCUGGAGGAGCUGUCCGACGUGGAGCAGGAGGAAGCUUUGACCUUCAGGAGGCUCCACAGACUGGUCAACUCAACACGGAAGGUGAAGAAGAAGCUGAUCCGAAUUGAGGAGUCAAAGAGACCCGUUUCUGAAGAGAGUCUGAGCUUGGACAGUUCGCCCUGCCGCAGCAGCCUCCACCCCUCGCAGAAGAGGCCCACGGUGUUCUCACUCGAGUCCUUGACCGCAGCCCUGCAGGAGCAGCUGACCUUUGAUGGAGACUCAGACAGCUUCAGCACCUCACCGUCCUCCAGCAGCCUGGACACCUGCAGCAGCCAGAAGACCUUCAACACUCUGAGCAGCCCAGUCCACCCCCAGAGUCCAACCAGGCUUAGUGGAGAGGCGGCUGAAGGUCAACAGGUCCCUUUCUCUGCUGAUAAAGAUGCUCCCCAGAAGGAGGAGAGGAAACUGGCUCGUUCAGUGACGGAGGGAGAACUGCGCCAUCGCAUUCUGGGCUCCCUGAGUCAGCACGGGAGAGCCAGCAGUUUCGGAGGGUUUGACCUAAUGAGCCGCUCACAGGAAGACGGUGACCGACAGAGCAAGGCAGCUGAAGUCGUGACAGACGCGGUGAAGUCUCCGCCCACCUCUCGUGUGUCUCUGGGGAAGAAAGUCAAGUCUGUCCGAGACACAAUGAGAAAACACAUAUCGAAGCGGUACCACUGCUCUCUGUCUGAACAGUCGAGCCCCGAGCCUGCGCCCCACACCAAUACCGACUCUCUGGAGAAGCCCGCGCUGAAGCUCGGCGGGUCCGUGGAGAGUCUGAGGAGCUCCCUGAGCGGACAGAGUUCCAUGAGCGGUCAGACGGUGGGCACCACUGACUCCUCCAACAGCAACAGAGAGAGUGUCAAGUCCGAAGAUGGAGAGGAAGAUGAGCUGCCGUACCGUGGGCCGUUCUGUGGCCGCGCCCGGGUUCACACAGACUUCACCCCGAGUCCGUACGACUCCGACUCCCUCAAGCUAAAGAGUGGAGACGUCAUCGACAUCAUCAGCAAGCCUCCCAUGGGCACGUGGAUGGGCUUGCUCAACGGUAAAGUCGGCACCUUCAAGUUCAUCUACGUGGAUGUCCUGAACCAAGUGCCGGUCAAACCUAAAAAGACCCGCCGGAGGAAGAGAGUGCGGCAGCCCAAACCCACCUCAGUGGAGGAGCUUCUGGACCGCAUCCACCUGAAGGAGCACCUUCCCACUUUCCUGUUCAACGGCUACGAGGACCUGGACACCUUCAAGCUGUUGGAGGAGGAGGACCUGGAUGAGCUGAACAUCAGAGACCCUCAGCACCGAGCGGUUCUCCUCACCGCUGUGGAGCUGCUGCAGGAGUAUGACGGCAGCAGCGACCCAGAGAAGAGCGCCCCCUCUGGCAGCUCACUGGAGAAGCAGCUGAUCCACAGACGAGGCCUGACGGGAGACUCGCCACGAGACUCCGGCUGCUACGAGAGCAACGAGAACCUGGAGAACGGUCGGGACAGGAAGACGUCCUCCAUGAGCCGGUCUUCGUCUGGUUUCGAGUCCAGUUGCCUCGCCACCCCAGACCUCCCUGACCCCCCUCCAGACCUGGGCUGCAAGCCUGACACCCCUCCCUCCCUCUUCCCACCUCACCACCAGACCUUCUCUCCCUCGAUGGUGAGGAGCAACAGCUGCUCUGAGGUGAGCUCCAGUCCAGUCCCUGUGCUGAGGAGAGGCGUAUCACUGAUGGAGCUUCAGAUGGACCCCAACCAAACACUCGCCUAAAUAAGGAACCCUAAACUCUGACUCACUUCUUCAUCAAGUGCCUCCUCUAACUGAGACCAAAUGGUCGUAAUGAUUCAGCUUCUGUUGAUGGAACUCCUUCAGGUGCCCGUUGUUGUGCCUGAACUGAGUCGUGUAUUAAAACUAGAUUACACUCGUCACUCUAAGAGACCAGAUUAAGGAGCAUAUUUGCUGGUACUUUUGCCUGGUAAACCUUCAGAUUAUGUUCACUGU